AUGGCGGACGCGGACGAGGAUGCCAUCCCAACAGCCUCUGUGUCUGGUCCCGACGACCUCGAAGACGAAACCCAAGACUUCCGCUUCCUCAGCCAGUUGACAUCCUCGUCAAAGACUGGUCAAGCCAUAAUCCCCAAGCGCGGUACAAAGGACUUCGAACCCAAUCCCACGCGGUCGCAGGCCUCCGCCCUUGAUGCUUCCCGCCUGGCAAUGCACACUGCCCUCAGCGCAGUGCGCGUACAAACAGGCAAGAACUACGUCGUGGGACAAUAUCUUCCCAAUGAAGACGACUGGAGAUGGGACGGCGACGGGUCAGAAGGAAGACAUGGCCGGUGCGUCGUGGUGUACAAAUUCAAGAGCCCGUACCUGAAAGUGAUGGGACAGGCAGACAGGAAUAACUGGGUCUGGCUGUUGCCCGAAGAGGCUCUGUUUCUGCUAGAACGAGGAAAUCUCGAUAUCCGAUGGCCAGAUGUCAAUGGUGAGGACGAGAAUGCAUCAAGUGGGAGUGAAAGAAAAUCCUGCAAUAUCACCACCCCGGAGGAAGAUUCUGCUGCUCAAGAGCCACAGACCAUCGAACCAGAGAAGGAUGCUGGUACAGCAACGACUUACAGCGCAGAACCUCCACUAGGCGAACUCCCUAUGAGUCUCCAAGGUGCCUACGCCAGUUUCAUCGGCAAGGACGGCUUGACGUUGGAGCGAUACACGGUUUACGCAGGGCUUAAGAGAGCGGGAUACAUUGUCCAGCGGGCACCGACCUGGAACGAUACCGAUCUCGCUCACGCAAACGGACACGACUACCACGGGCUAAACUCGCCUGUUCCACCACCUUCACCCUCCGCGCCCUCAUCUAGCAGAUCUCAAACUCCGGGGAUAAUCACAUCUCUAGUCCACAGAUUAAUAUCAUGGAUCUUACAACCUCGCCAGGGCACCUCCUGUCCCUCCCUGGGGCCCCUGGUCGCUCCGGGCUUGUACAGGAACUACGCUGAUUUAUUCCGCGCCCUGGCAUUGAUUCCGUCCCACGAGCCUCCUGGCACCAAUAAAUCCAGGGCCUCGAAUUCUGUGUCGUCGCCGCGGCCCCAACCGCCCCAGGCUCCCUUCCGCAUCCACUUCCAUGUGUGGAAACCCAACGUCUCCGCGACCUACAAGAAGACCUCUCCACCUCCAGAAGACUACCGAAUCUGCGUGGUCGAUGCGCGCUCGACGCCAUCGAUUCCGUCGUUGUCUGAAAUCGGCCCCCUCCUCGACAGUCAGCCCGAGGACUCUCUCUCCAAAGCGCAGGCGGGCAGGUUAGAGACGAGGCUGAAACACGGACGACGGAAUGUCUUACUGGCGGUAGUGGACAUGGGCAUCGUGAGCUAUCUGAGGCUGAGCGACGCGUGCUUCGGGGCUGACAAACUGUACGAGGAGAAGACCAGGGCAGGCACCAAGGGUCGAGCCAGAAAGACCCAGGGCCACGGCCAGAGCCGGGGGCAAGGGAAAGGCCGGAAAUAG